AUGACCAGUGGGUGCUGUGUAUUUGUCCUAUUUUCCCUCCUCCAUGUCUCGCUGAGUGUGAUAAUGACAGGAUUAUAUGGCAGCUUCACCUCCCCUAACUUCCCCCAGCCAUACCCUGACAACCAGCUCCUAGUGUGGAACAUCACUGUCCCAGAUGGCCACAGGGUCAAACUCUACUUCAGCCACUUCAGCAUGGAACCCUCAAACCAGUGUGAAUAUGACUACAUCCAGGUUUUGACAGAGGGGAAUGAAACCUUGCGGUUCUGCGGUGAGGAAGAGAAGAACUAUGAAAGCACCCCAAGGAACACCAUCAUCCUUUCAGCCGGAAACCUCAUGUCAGUGGUCUUUAGGAGUGACUACUCUAACGAGGGCCGAUUCACGGGCUUCCAAGCAUUUUACACCUCAGAAGACAUUAACGAGUGUCUGUCCAAGAUAGAUGGGGAAAGAGUGUGUGAUCAUUUUUGCCACAAUUACAUUGGUGGAUAUUACUGCACGUGCAGACAAGGGUACCUUCUCCAUGACAACAAAAGAUCCUGCACAGUGCCAUGCCACAGCCAAGUGUUGACCUCACUCUCAGGGGUUCUGACCAGUCCGGGCUACCCGGGCCCCUACCCUUCAAUGAGUCAAUGUGACCACACCAUCCGUCUGCCAGAGGGCUACAGAAUAAUCUUGGACUUCAUGGAACCCUUUGACGUAGAGGCACACUCGGAUGUCCCUUGUCCGUACGACAUGUUGAAGAUUUCAACAGCUGGACAAGAUUAUGGACCCUUCUGCGGAUCAAUGCCACCGGGUCGCAUUGACACAGGAAGUUACCAAGUGCAUGUUGCGUUCAGAUCCGACCCUAGUGGGAAAAACAAGGGAUGGAAGAUCAAGUAUACCAGUUUGGGUCUGAGAAAGCAGCGCAUCUUAGUUGUUUAA